CGCGCCGUGCCGCUAGCAGCCUAGCGGCCUAGCAGCCUAGCGGCCUAGCAGCCUAGCAGCCUAGCGGCCCCGCCUGGGACGGCAGCGCGGAGAUGUGCGGUUGUGCGCGGCCGUCGCUCCGCUGACCUCGCAGCCGGCUUCAGAAAGACGUCGGUAGUCCGCGGCGCGAGCCGUGUUCUCUCGGCCGAACCCUUCCGCGCGGCCGAGGGAUGCACCACCUGUACCCGACGGCCGUUAAGGGGGACCCCCUGUGCCCGCUGGGGUUCCACCCGCAGGUGCGCUGGCCCACCCGCUGCAAGAGGUGCUUCAGGGACUACAAGGAGCACGGCAGCAGGACGAAGGAUGACUUCUCGUUGGGGCGGGAUGAGACGACGCUCUCCUCGCCGACUCUGUCCAGCUGGCGCUCCGCCUCGUCACGUUCAAGUGACGACAGCAGCAGGAGCAGCAGAGGCGAUGCCGAUGACGUCAGCCGGGGCGCCAAGGCCAGCGGAGACGCCGUCGCCAGCCGGAGCAGCGCCGAGGCGCCGAGCGCCAGCAGGUCGAAUGGGCGACCGGCGCUAUCGUGGACGUCGACCCCGGACCUGGGCAACCUGCGGGAGGACGCGCGAGUGCAGGAGCUGACUGUGAGCUUGACCUUGCCUCGUCGGCGACCGCCGCCUGCUGACACCGGGCAAGAAUCUGUUAAUAGCUACACUGUUCGCCGACGGACAACAGAUUUAUCCGACGUGUCAACUCCGCCCCGGGGGAGUGGUGAUUCGGCGAAGACAAACACCACUCCCGACAAAUCACAGUCCACAAGCAAGACAAGAAAAAAAGUGAAUUCCAGUAGCAGCAACAAAGACCUUAGUGAUGUAGGUAAACAAAGACGACUUCAGAUUCAGUCCCUCAAGGAAGUUCGUUCAUACGAAGAAACAACAAAUCCGGAGGUGGAGUUCAUUAUACAGGUGAAGUCGUCGAAGCAGAAGGCAGCGCAGGCCGCCAGGACGUCGGCGAGCGGCGAUGCCGCGCGACGGGCGGCCAGGUCCCCGGCCGGUAGCAGCGGCGGCGGCAGCAGCGGCGGCAGCAGCGGCGGCAGCAGCGGCGGCAGCAGCGGCGGCAGCAGCAGCGGCACCAGCGCCGACGGCAGCGGCGGCGACGACAGCGACGAGGACGUGGCGAGCGUCGCCGGCACCGAGACCACCGAGACCACGCUCGUCGACCGCAACGACAGCGAGAUGCUGGAACAAAUAGAAAGCUUGAAGACCGAGCUGGAAAUGAUGCGAGCGCGCUGCGAAAGAGCGGAACGGGAGAAAAGUGACAUUCUGCUGAGCCGCAUCGCAUCCAUGCACACUGCAUCCGGCAAAACUGCAGCGUCGGAAGCGCUGAAGCUGCAGCAGAAAGUGAACGAGAUGCAGGCCAAGGCAGAGGACCUGGCGGACGAGAACCGCAGCCUGGCGCUGCGGGUGCGGGAACUGGAGGAGGACGUGGAGUCGCGGCCCGACCCGGCCACCACCAAGCGCAUCGUCGACGACCUGCAGUCCAAGGUGCUGGCGGCCGAGACGCUGUGCGAGGAGCUCAUGGACGAGAACGAAGAGAUGAAGAAGGAGCUGCGGGACUUGGAGGAGGAGAUCGAGGAGAUGCAGGACAACUUCCGAGAAGAGCAGGCCGACGAGUACGCCUCGCUGAAGAAGGAGCUGGAGCAGACGGCGAAGAACUGCCGGAUCCUGUCCUUCAAGCUGCGCAAGGCCGAGAGGAAGUGCGACCAGAUAGAAGCAGAGAAGCUGGAGGCCGAGAAGAAGUGUCGCGAGAUGGCCGGCGGCAUCGCGGGCGCAGAAAAAAUCAAACAGCUGGAGGAAAUGCUAGCCAAGGCAACAGAGGAAUCCAUCAGUUUGCAGAAGGAACUUGACGAGGUAAACGAAAAGCUGAAGGGAGCGCAGAAACUAUCCAACGCCACAGAAGAGGAUUCUAAGAAAACAAAGAAACGGGCACCAAUGCUUGGCCUCAUCGCAAAAAUCCCUUCUGGUGAGAAGGUGUCGCGGGACUCGUUGACGAGGGGCGGGUCCCAGGAGGACCCCGCGCAGCUGCUGAGGGACCUGCAGGACAGCAUGGAGCGAGAGGCCGACCUGAGGGAGCAACUGCGCUACGCCGAGGAGGAGGCGGAAGCGCUGCGGAAGAAGUCGUCGCGACUCGAAGACGACAACGAGUCUCUUGCGCUCCAGUUGAAGAAAAUGGCCGCCAAGUCCAGGAGCAGAAAACUGUCGCCCAGUCCCGCUCGCUCUUCCGACUUGCCCAACAAGAACGAAGUGUCUGAGGACACGGAUCCGGCUGAGCUGAAAGUGCUCUUGGAACUGAGUGAACAGGAGUCGACUGUCCUGCGGCGCAAGAUGGAGAAGUUGGAGAGCGAAAACGAGAACCUGAAACAGAAGAUAAGGGACUCCGCGGACUUGCUCAACACGUCUCCCCAGAAGAUCAACACGGACAUGGCUGGCGACAAGUUCUACGAGCAGAAGAUUAAGAUGGAGAGGGGCGACAAAGACCUCAGCAACUCGCUGAAGCGGCUGAAGGAAGACGCCCUGCGGAACAUAUUCAAGUUCUUCGAGCAGCGGCGCGCCCGCAAGCCGACGGAGCUCACCAGCAAGCUGCAGCUCAAGCGGAUGGUGGAGGAGCUCGAGACGGAGAUGAGCGAGGUGUCCGCCCUCUUCAAGAGGUAUGAGGAGGAGAAGCUGGUCUUGCUGGGGGACGCGAAGGCAGCGCGCCUGCAAGAGGACUUCAACAACGACAAGGAAGCGCAGAGGACCCUCGGCCGGGACUUGCAGGAGGCCAAGGACCGGGUCAAGACGCUGGAGAAGUCGCUCAAGGACGAGAAGGACAAGUCCUUGAAAGACAGGAAGUCGUCCACGAAGGAGAGGAAAAACUUAGAUGAAGAGAACAAGAAGCUACAAAGUGAAAUAAAAAAGUUAACGGAAUGCAACAAGAACCUCGAAAAAGAGGUUGAAAGACACAAGGACGAACUGAAUAAUCUGAGGCCUGAGGUGAAUAAACUGGAAGCUGCCAUCGCUGACCUGAGAACUGAGAAAACAAAUCUUUUAGCAAAGCAAGAUGAAACGACAGUCUUGGCAAAGAAAUACGACGUGCUCAAAAAUAAAUCGGAAGAAGAAGAGAGAACGAACAAGGCAUUGCGCAAGCAAUUGGAUGGUUUUGCGCAAGUCAAGCAAGAGAAAAACGAACUGAGUAAGCAGGUGUUAGAGAAGACCAAAAAAAUCACAGAGACUGAAAAACAAGUCAAAGAAUUGGAAGAAAGGUUGAAAAAAGGCGAAAAUUCAAUGGCUGAAAUGAAAGAGAAAAUUUCAGGACUGGAAAAAGAGUUGGAGGCAGAGCGAAAAAUAGUGCGAUCUCAGCAGGACGCCGCAAAAGCUUUAAUGAAGGAGCGUUCAAAUGUGGAAGGUCAAGUAGAGACGCUGCAGUCUAUAAUUGUCAGUUUGGAGACCACUGUACAAGAGAAAGCCAGGCUCAUUGAACAAUUAGAAACCAAAUUAAAAGAAGAGCAGCAAAUUGCCAAAAACGUGGCAAGCAAGGAAGGCACAGAAGAGAAGGAAAGGUCGUCAGUGCUGAAAGAAAAGUUACAGCAAAGCGAAAAUAAGUUGAAAGAUGCUCUGCAAAAAAUGGAAAAGGCUGAGCAGCAAUGCAAGACACACGAAGAAAAACUGUCGCAAAUGGAGUCGGACUUCCAGAAAGAGAAACUGAAAAUGGAAAAGCAGAUAACUGCUUCCGAGAGCAGCUUAAAGGCGGAGCGCAGGAAGCUGGAGGCGGCCAAGGCGCGCCACCUGAAGGAGGCGAAGGCCCGCGAGCAAGAGCUGGCAACACUGCGCGCCAAGCUGAGCUCCCUGGAGGGCAGCAGCGGCGCGACCAGCCAGCGGGUGGCCGAGGUCGAGGGCGAGUACCGCACCAAGGUCAACAAGCUUUACGAAGAGUUGACAACAGAAAAAGAAGCUUAUGAGAAUCUUACUUCGAAAUACGAGAUUCUAGAAGAGGAACACGUGGUUACAAAAUCACAAUUAGUGAAGGAGAAGGAAACCAUUCAAAGAGAGCUGGCCUCUGUGAAGCGCGACCUGGUGUCUGCACGGACUGAGGUGGACACUCUCAGAGACAGUCACAAGACCAGUCAAGCUCAGUGGAUCAAGGAAAGGGCAGACCUACAGGAAAGGCUGAAACAGCAACACGAUAAGCUAUCUCGUGCCAACAACGAAAAUAUCAUCACGGAGCGCAACCGCCUGAAAGCUGCCGUCGAAGAGAAAAACUCUAACUUGGAACAAAUGAGGCGAGAGAUUGAUGUUCUCGCUGAUCAGAUGGAUCAUUUGCGGAAAGAGAAUGAAGAACUGAGAAGAAAACUGGAGGAUUUCGACAAAGUUUCGAAAGUUCAUCAAACAAUGAAAUCAGAUGUUGGCGUUCUUGAAAAGGAAUUAAAAGAAACAAAAUCAAGGCUGCUGCAGCAGCAGAAGGCGCACAAGGCCGAGGUGGCGCAGCUGAAGAUGCGCUACGACGGCCGCGUCGCGCUCAUCGGCGAGGAGACGCAGGGGCUGCACGCGCAGGUUGCGCGCUUCAAGCGCGAGCGCGACACAUUCCGCCACAUGCUGGAAGGCGCGCAGCAGCAGAUAGCCGAGCUGCGGGCCGGCGCAGGGCAGGCCGGCGCCAGCUCGCCUCGCCGCGGCGACGAGCAGGCGGAGGAGACGAGGACCAAGAUAGCGACCCUGGAGCAGCAGAUCAGCUGCAUGGAGGACGAGCUGUCUGAGGCGCGACUGGAGAGCUCCAAGCUGAAGACGGAGCUGAUCUCGGAACGGUCGGCGUGGGACGUGAAGCUGUCCGAAAUGCAGUCCCGAGUGAACGAGCUGGAAGAGGACAGGAUCCUGAGUAGCGGCCGCAGCAAGAUCCCAGGUCUGCGCACACGCAUGGAGCUGGCCUGGCACAAGGAGCGAGAGGAGCAGCACCGCCUGCUGCAGGAGACAUCCACGCUGGCUCGUGACCUUCGGCAGACGCUCUUCGAGGUGGAGAGGGAGAGGGACAAAGAGCGCCUGGAAGCGAAGAGACGCCAAGACCAGUUGAAGAAAAUCAACGAAGAAGAGCAAGAAGAAAACAGGAAGAAAUUUGCAGAGAUGCAGAGCGACCUGUUGGAGCUGCGCGACGCGCACGCCAAGCUGCGCCACACCAACGAGAAGCUGCGGCGCGACAAGGAGCGCCUGGAGAGAGAACGCGAGGAGUGGCGCCAGCAGGCCGGAGGACACCGGCGCCCCAGCCUCGCCGGCGAGACCCGCGUCAACACCUUGCUGCAGCAGGUUGACGAGCUGGUGAGGAUAGCUCCAGAGCUGCUGCAGUCCAAGGAACACUCGUCAAGCAUUCCACCUCCAACCCCACCUUUGCGGUUGAAGGGUCCAAAAUCAAAAGAAUCAUCUCCAAGCAUGGAAAGGAAGGAAUUUAAAAAAGAGCCGUCGGCGAGCCGGCAGACGCAGUUCCAGUCGACGGUGCAGCGCCUGGCGGAGGUGGCGGGCGAGCUGCGCAAGUACCAGCGUCUGUCCGAGGAGGGGCGGGAGCGCGAGCGCGCCAGCAAGGCAGCCGGCUUCCGCAGGGCUGCGUCGACGGAGUCGCAGGCGGCGGAGACGCGCGCCAAGAGAACCGGCGAGCAGCGCGCGCAUGCGCAGAAGGACGGCGCGCUGCACCGCAAGAGCCUGUCCCUGGAGCACACAGCGGCGCAUCAGGAGCAGUCUAUUUGGAAGGACGGAGAUGAGAGUGAUGGGAGUUAUGCAAGUUUGCAGUCUAUCGACGAGCCAAGGUCACAAAUCAGAAAUAUAAAUAUGGACAGCCGCUUGUCCGGAGGCUCCACCCAAAGUGACAUUGGCGGCGAUGUAGUAAAGAAGCAAAAGAAGGGCAUACUCGGGAAACUGAAGAAGUUGACAAAGUCCAAAAGCGUCGAUGAAACGAACAAAAGUAACGAGUACCUAACUCAGGGCAUGAGCGGCGCUGGCUCGGGCUCCGACAUCAGCCUGGGGGCCGAGGAGAAGGGCAGCAAGAAGGACCUGGGCGAGCGGCUGUCCGGCAUCUUCAGGAAAGGAGCUCGCUCCAGGAGCGCCAGCUUGGAGCGGAGGGCGAAGCCCGUGAAGGAGAAGAGCGUGCCUCGGCAGACCGACUCCGCGGACAGCUCCAGGACCUCGUCCAGCUUGACGCUGCCUCGGACCUCCAGCUCCAGGACGGAAUCGUAUCAGACAUCUAGUGUUUCUCGACCUUUGGCGGCCAACGCAACUUCCAUGAAGAAGCCACUCCAAAAAACUACCAAAUAAUACGUUUUAUAAACCAAGUAGUUGAAAACAUUUAAAUUUAGUUUCCGCUGCCUAAGUGUAGCAAGUGUUCGAAGGAUGAGUUAGUACCAGUUUUUGUAAUGUACGUCAUUUGAAUUGUCCUGUGUUAAUAAAUGUUAUGUUACAAACGA